GUGCUGACUCUUCUGGAAGAGGUAAUUGAGAAUGGGUCCUCAACGAUGCUGAGUGUACAAUGGGAAGUGUCACGCUUCGCUAUUUCUGUUAUGGGUGCCUUUUCACAUCGGUGACCUGGACACUUCUGCUCUUUGUUUAUUUCAACCUCAGUGAAGAGAACCAAUCCUUCAAGAAUGUGCCCGUCAAGGGGCUAGAACCUCAGAAGCCAUUUCAAAAAUUCUACCCCCGUUUCACUCGGGGGCCAGUUAAUAUACCUGAAUUGCAACAGAAAGAGAGUAAGUUUAGAAAUCCUGUUGGAAAUCAUGUCCAGGACCCAGUAAAGGGAGAGGGAGACUUCUCUCCUGAAAUGGGAAUGAUUUUUAAUGAAGAAGAUCAGGAAGUCCGAGACUUGGGCUAUCAGAAGCAUGCUUUCAAUAUGCUCAUCAGUAACCGGCUGGGAUAUCACAGGGAGGUACCUGAUACAAGAGAUGCAAAGUGUAGAGAGAAAUCCUACCCUUCCGAUCUGCCAUUUGCCAGUGUUAUCAUCUGUUUCUACAACGAAGCACUUUCUGCCCUGCUUCGCACGGUGCACAGUGUCCUGGAUCGCACCCCUGCACACCUUCUUCAUGAAAUUAUUUUGGUGGAUGACAACAGUGAACUGGCUGACUUGAAGAAAGACUUGGUUGAAUAUGUUAAAACUCAGCUUCCUAAAACAACAAAAUUAGUAAGGAAUGAGAAGCGGGAAGGCUUGAUUCGAGGAAGGAUGAUUGGAGCCUCUCAUGCUACAGGAAAAGUGCUGGUAUUCCUGGACAGUCACUGUGAGGUGAACGAGAUGUGGCUGCAACCUCUGCUGACUCCAAUCAAAGAAGACCGCAGGACUGUGGUGUGCCCUGUGAUUGACAUCAUCAGUGCUGACACACUUACCUACAGCUCUUCCCCAGUUGUGCGUGGAGGGUUUAACUGGGGCCUGCACUUUAAGUGGGAUCUUGUUCCUUUGUCAGAGCUUGAAGGACCUGAGGGAGCCACUGCUCCAAUCAAAUCACCCACUAUGGCUGGAGGCCUGUUUGCCAUGGACCGUGAGUACUUUAAUGAGCUUGGACAGUAUGACAGUGGCAUGGACAUCUGGGGAGGAGAAAAUCUGGAAAUAUCUUUUCGGAUUUGGAUGUGUGGGGGUCGACUUCUGAUCAUUCCCUGCUCCAGAGUGGGACACAUUUUCCGUAAAAGACGUCCCUAUGGCUCUCCAGGGGGACAGGACACUAUGGCUCAUAAUUCAUUGAGGCUGGCACAUGUGUGGAUGGAUGAAUACAAGGAGCAGUAUUUUGCUUUGAGACCUGAGCUAAGGACAAGGAACUAUGGAAAUAUAACUGAACGUGUAGAACUGCGAAAAAGAUUGAACUGCAAGUCAUUCAAGUGGUAUUUAGAUAACAUCUAUCCUGAGAUGCAAGUAUCCGGGCCCAAUGCCAAAGCUCCGCAGCCAGUUUUUAUUAAUAGAGCACAAAAACGACCAAAAAUAAUCCAGCGUGGAAGGCUGUAUCACCUUCAAACCAACAAAUGCCUGGUUGCUCAGGGCCACCCAAGUCAGAAAGGAGGCCUGGUAGUGGCUCGGGAGUGCGACUACAAUGAUCAAAACCAGGUGUGGGUUUACAAUGAAGAUCACGAGCUGAUUUUGAAUAACCUCCUGUGCUUGGAUGUGUCAGAAACUCGCUCGUCCGACCCUCCUCGCCUCAUGAAGUGCCACGGCUCUGGUGGAUCACAGCAAUGGACCUUUGGGAAAAACAACCGCCUCUACCAGGUGUCGGUGGGGCAGUGCAUGAAGGUGGCAGACCCGCUCAGCCACAAAGGCUACGUGGCCAUGGCCAUCUGCGAUGGCUCCCUUCCUCAGCAGUGGCGUUUCGAGAGCUGAGGCAGUGAGCCAAGAGGAGCAAAGCCGGACCUGGCUUUCCCUGCAGCCACCGUCAGUCACUGCAGAGCGCCUUGCUGGGAGCCCUUGGCUGCUGCAGCCAGCAGGAGCACAGGGAGGACCCUUCGGAUGCACUGCGGUGAGGAGCUCGGGGAGCCCGUGGGCUGCGCCGGAUGCAGCACUAAUGGCAGCAGAUCCCUGAGUUAGCCUGGAUUAUUGGACUGGUUUUCAGUAAGAGAAACUAUUAGAGCAAUGUAAUUUAAAUGGUGAGAUUUUAGCUUUGUGGGUCUUUCAAAUGACAGAAAGGCGUUCAUCUUUGAGUAUUCCACGUGCAGUAUCUCGGUAAUUCAUGUUUUUAGUAUGGUUUUACUGGAUGAAUUAUUUUACUUUACCUGGAAAGUAUUUUUAAUUCCCUUUUAUCUUCUGGAAGUUGUCAUUUGUAAUAUUUGUUUUAAUUUACGAUUCUAGAACGUUUCACAUAGCUGAAAUCCUUAGGUGUCAUUGUCACCUCCUAUUUAAAACAAAGUAACUAUUACAAAGUCUAUUUUGAUGACUCAUGACCUAGCUGCAUAUAAAAAAUAAAGUAUCUGUUUUUUAUGA